AUGACUGACCAACGUGAAAUUAUUGAACAUUUGAAGAAGACUUUGCAGCUGCUUGACUUAGAAAAGUCAAAGAAACCUGAUGCACCAGUGCUUGUAAAGGCCCCUGCACCUGUAGAGAAAAAAUUGGAGCAGUAUUCUCACGACUACAUCGAAUUUACUUAUGAAAAUCCAACUACUUAUCAUAUUGUGAACUACUUCUCGAAAUUACUCGAGAAAGCUGGUUUUGAAUACUUGAGUGAGAAGGAGAACUGGAACGACAAGAUUAAGGAAUCCUCUGAUAGGAAAUUCUACACUGUGAGAAAUGGCACCAACUUGUCUGCUUUCGUCGUUGGUAAGAAAUGGGAAUGGUCCAAAGGUGUGGGAGCCAUUGGUGCUCACGCCGAUGCCUUGACGGCCAAACUAAAGCCUUCCUCGUUGAAGGAUAAGGUUGAAGGGUUUGACCUAUUGGGAGUGGCUCCUUACGGUGGUACUUUGAAUGAGUUGUGGUUUGAUCGUGACCUCGGUGUUGGUGGUCGUGUUCUGUACCGUGAUGACGAUCAUGGCAUCCAGAGUAAGCUAGUGAACUCAACACCUCACCCAAUUGCUAAGAUUCCUACUUUGGCUCCUCACUUCGGUGAACCAGCUGUCGGGCCAUUUGACAAAGAGGACCAGGCAGUUCCUGUCGUCGGUUACGUUAGUGAAGAGGAUACACCACCAAGCGAGGACGAGAAGAAGUCUCCACUGUUUGGUAAACACUGUAUCAAUUUAUUGAGGUACAUUGCAAGCUUGGCAGGUGUCAAAGUUUCGCAAUUGGUUCAACUGGAUUUGGAUCUAUUUGACGUGCAAAAGGGUGUUAUCGGUGGUAUCAAGAACGAUUUCCUGUUUGCACCACGUCUAGAUGAUCGUUUGUGCUCCUACGCUUCCAUAAUUGCUCUAAUCGAGGGCUCGCAUGACCUUGACGUCGAUUCUAUGGAGACUUUCAUCAAUGUUACACUCUUUGACAACGAAGAAGUAGGGUCUUUGUCAAGACAAGGUGCCAAGGGUGGUCUGCUAGAGUCUGUUGUGAGUCGUGUCUCUACUGCAUUGUACCAACAUGAUCCUGUCGAUUUGCGUACUCUAUUUGCCAACUCCAUUAUUCUAUCGGCAGAUGUCAACCACAUGUUUAACCCAAACUUUGCCAACGUCUACAUGAAACAUCAUUCACCAAAGCCUAACGUCGGUGUGACCUUGUCAUUGGACUCCAACGUGCACAUGGCCACAGACGUUGUCGGUACAGCCUUCAUUGAAGAGCUAGCUCGUCUGAAUGGUGAUCAGGUACAGUACUUCCAGAUAAAAAACAACUCGAGAUCAGGAGGUACGAUUGGACCUUCGAUUUCUGCCCAAACUGGCGCCCGUACAGUUGAUCUCGGCAUCCCACAACUCGCAAUGCACAGCAUUAGAGCCACCACAGGUUCUCGCGAUAUCGGCUUAGGUGUCAAGCUAUUCAAGAACUUCCUGCAAAACUGGAGGCCAGUCUACGACAAAUUCGGCGAUUUAUAA